AUGGUGGGCCUGCAAUGGACGUUAUCCUUGGUGGGAAGUGGGAAGGGUUCUUAUAUUCGAAUAUUUGAAAAAGGAAAACAAAAAGGAGACGCCUCCAUUACCACCAAUUUCCCUAAUACCUUUGGAGUAGGAAUGGAAGUCAAUGGGAAGGAUGAUGAUUUGAAGACACCACUUCUGCAACCCUCAGAUGCUGUUGUAAUUGAUAUUAAAUCAGUCCAUAGUGUCAAUCAAGGGAUUAGAACCAUUACAUUCAAAAUAGGUGGCAUAGAAUGUGCAUCAUGUUCAUCAUCCAUUGAAUCUUUACUUCUGGAUCUCAAUGGUGUUCAAAGUGCCAUUGUGUCACCACUUCAAGGCCAAGCUGUAGUUAAAUAUGCUCCAGAACUUGUUGAUGUAAAAGCAAUCAAAGAAACAGUUGAAGAUGCAGGAUUUGAAGUCAAAGAAUUUACAGAUCAAGACAUUGCAGUAUGUCGACUCAGAAUCAAAGGGAUGAUGUGUACAAGCUGCUCUGAAUCAGUUGAACGUGCUCUUUUAAUGAUUGAAGGUGUAAGAAAAGCUGUUGUGGGCUUAGCUCUCGAAGAAGCAAAGGUAAACUAUGAUCCCAAUGUUAUAAACCCUAAUCAGAUAAUUGAAGCAGUGGAAGAUUCCGGAUUUGGAGCGGAUCUCAUAGGGUCUGGAAACAACGGGAACAAAGUUCAUAUAAAACUCGAAGGUAUUGUUUCUGUAGAAGACAUGAAUGGAAUCAAGAAUUCCCUGGAAUCACUAAGUGGUGUCAAUGAUGUUGAGAUUGAUGUGGAAGGAUGUAAGGUGAGUGUUGGGUAUGAUCCAGAUGUGACAGGUGGCAGGUCAGUUAUACAGUUUGUUCAAGAAUCGAGUACUCAUUAUCAAGCAAGUUUAUUCAUUCCCGAAAGAGGAAAUGAAACCGAAAAAUCCCAUGAGAUUAAAAUUUACAGAAAUCAGUUUUUAUGGAGCUGCUUGUUUUCCAUUCCACUUUUGAUGUUUUCUAUGGUGCUUCCGAUGAUUCCUCCUUAUGGGAAUUGGUUAAGUUAUAAACUUCAUAACAUGCUUACUGUUGGAAUGGUUUUGAGAUGGAUCCUCUGCACACCUGUCCAAUUUAUUAUUGGUAAAAGGUUUUAUGUGGGAUCAUAUCACGCACUAAGGCGAAAAUCUGCAAACAUGGAUGUGCUAGUCGCACUUGGCACUAAUGCAGCUUACUUCUAUUCCGUAUACACAUUAAUAAAAGCCCUAAUUUCCGAUGCAUUUGAGGGACAAGAUUUCUUUGAAACAAGCACAAUGUUGAUAUCAUUUAUUCUCUUAGGAAAAUACUUAGAGUCAAUCGCUAAAGGAAAAACAUCCGAUGCUUUAGCAAAGUUGACCGAUCUUGCUCCAGACACAGCUUGCCUUUUGACCAUGGAUGAUUCCGGAAACACCAUUUCAGAAACCGAAAUUAAUUCCCAAUUAAUUCAAAAAAACGACAUUUUAAAAAUAUUCCCCGGAGCAAAAUUUCCUGUUGAUGGGGUUGUGAUCGAUGGUCAUGGUUACGUGAAUGAAAGUAUGAUCACAGGCGAAGCUAUUCCAGUUGCUAAAAGUCCCGGCGAUAGGGUUAUUGGUGGAACUGUGAAUGAGAAUGGAUGCUUGUUGAUUAAGGCAACUCAUAUUGGAUCAGAAACUGCACUUUCUCAAAUUGUUCAAAUAGUUGAAGCUGCUCAGCUUGCUAGAGCUCCUGUUCAGAAGCUAGCUGAUCAGAUCUCAAGGUUUUUUGUACCUGCGGUUGUUGCAGCUGCUGUUGUGACAUGGCUAGCGUGGUAUAUUCCUGGAGCACUUGGAAUUUAUCCCAAAAGUUGGAUACCAAAAGCGAUGGAUGAAUUUGAACUUGCAUUACAAUUUGGAAUUUCAGUUUUAGUUGUUGCAUGUCCUUGUGCCUUAGGUUUAGCCACACCUACUGCAGUUAUGGUUGCCACUGGUAAAGGUGCUACACAAGGUGUGCUUAUCAAAGGUGGAAACGCACUCGAAAAAGCACACAAGGUUAAUACAAUCGUAUUCGAUAAAACGGGGACGUUAACAUUUGGAAAACCUAAAGUCGUGAAUGACGUCAUCUUCUCCGGAAUUGAGAUCGAGGAGUUUUGUAAUAUUGCGAUUGCUGUAGAGGCGAAUAGCGAACACCCGAUAGCAAAAGCGGUUGUGGAACACGCGAAAAGCAAACUGUCGAACCGGGAGUUUCGAAAUACCGGUUCAGUGGUGAAGGAUUUCACGGUCCACCCGGGGGCUGGGGUGGGGUGUAAAGUCGGAGAAAAAACGGUGUUUGUUGGGAAUAAGAAGCUUAUGAGGUUGUCUAAUGUGGUGGUUGACGUGGAGGUGGAGGAUUAUUUUACGGAAAAUGAAAAACUGGCUCGCACGUGUGUUCUUGUGGCGGUUGAUGGGAAGGUUGCCGGUGGUUUCGCCGUCACUGAUCCGGUGAAACCGGAGGCGGCGCCGGUGGUUUCGUUUCUCCGGUCAAUGAAUAUUGAUAGUAUUAUGGUGACUGGUGAUAACUGGUCGACUGCAACCGCCAUUGCAAAAGAGGUUGGGAUUCAACACGUGUUUGCUGAGAUUGAUCCUUUGGGAAAAGCCGACAGAAUAAAAGACUUGCAGGCAAGAGGAAAAAUAGUUGCGAUGGUGGGAGAUGGAAUAAAUGAUUCGCCGGCGUUGGUUGCGGCGAAUGUGGGGAUGGCGAUUGGGGCGGGGACUGACGUGGCUAUUGAGGCGGCUGAUAUAGUGCUGAUUAAAAGCAAUUUGGAAGAUGUUAUCACUGCCGUUGAUUUAUCUAGAAAGACUAUUUCUCGGAUUCAUCUUAACUAUGUGUGGGCCCUUGGUUAUAAUGUGCUUGGGAUGCCAAUUGCUGCCGGAGUUUUGUUUCCGUUCACUGGAAUCAGGUUGCCUCCUUGGUUGGCCGGAGCUCUCAUGGCGGCUUCUUCUAUCAGUGUGGUGUGUUCGUCGUUGCUUUUGCAGACUUACAAGAAGCCAUUUAAGUAUUCGAAAUGAGAAAAGGUUUUGUUAGUUUUGGUGUGUUUGCAUAAAUGCUCCUAAUAAGGAUGGAAAUGUAUUUAAUUGUUUAGAAAUAUAAAUUUUAUAAGUAAUAGACAAAAUUAUAAAAGUGGUCCUUGUAGCUUGUUAUUUUUUUUGGUUAAG